UCACAAGCGCAGGCAGCAUACAACACCGUACCGGCCAUGACCACCACGCGAAGCUCGCAGUCCCAUAGCUCCCAGCCACUGCCGAUAAUCCUAGUCCUCCUCCUUGCAGCAGCAGCAUCAACUCGCUUGAUCUUACAGGCGGCUGCUGCUGCUGCUGCUGCAGAACAAGAUGAGAAGCAGCCGAUCACGCUUCCGGGUUGCCCCGACAGGUGCGGCGACACUCUCAUCCCCUUCCCGUUCUGCACGAAGCCCGGCUGCUUCCGCGAGGGCUUCCAGGUCACCUGCAACGACUCCUUCAGUCCCCACCGCGCCUUCCUCGCCUACGCCGGAGUAAACCAGCACAUAGCCGAGAUAUACUACAAGGUGGGGUGGCACCAUCCUGUGUGGAGGACCGACCAUGGCAACACGGCCCUGGAGCUCAUAGACAUAUCGGUGGCCGACGGCGAGGCGCGCGCUUAUGUCCUCGUUUCGUCCCUCUGCAACGCCGCCAACCUCAGUGGCGACUACGUCGCCAAGUGCCAGAACCUGGCGCUGGGCGAGAGGGGCCCGUUCCUGCUGUCGGUGACGCGCAACCUCCUCGUCGGCGUGGGCUGGAGAGUGGAACCCAAGAUCAUGAGCUACCUGUGGUCAGCGUACCGGAACUCCACCUAUGAGUUCUCGCUCGCCUGCCUCUCGGACCUUAUGGGCAUGCCCAAGCUCCUGCAGCUGGCGACCAACGGGUCGUGCUCCAGCCGGGGCUGCUGCCAGGCCGCGCUGCCGGAGGCGGCCCCGCUCACCGACUUCGGGACGUGGUUCAGCAUCGAGGACAACCCCAUGUGGCAGACCAACCCGUGCACCUACGCCAUGGUGGUCGAGAGCGACUGGUACCGCUUCUCCACGCCGGACCUGUACGGCGUCGAGGUGCUGCCCAGGAGGUACCCGAGGGGCGUCCCCUUCGUGCUCGACUUCUCCAUCCGGAACGGUGCAUGCCCGGGGAAAGGCCGGAAACCACCGCCGGACUACGCCUGCGUCAGCGGCAACAGCUAUUGCGCCAACGCGACUGGUGGUGCUGCCCAUGGCUAUGUCUGCAGGUGCUUGGAACACUACGAUGGCAACCCUUACAUCGCCAAUGGAUGCCAAGACAUCGACGAGUGUAAGCUCCGAAAACUGAAUCCUGAGUUGUAUCCUUGUUCGAGUGAUGGGAUCUGCAAGAACAGGCUGGAAGACUAUGACUGUCCAUGUAAACUCGGAAUGAAAGGCGACGGUAUAAAAGGAACCUGCACCUGUCUAGGACACAUCUAGAUGUGACAUAAUGUCCACUCUGUUUGUGGUCUAUUUUUUUAUCCUAGUUUUUUUUAUUUCUUAUUGCUACAUUAUAUACUUGUAGGAGCUUAGAUGUUACAUCUUUAAAAAACAUCUAAAUGUGAAUUAGACAAACUGCACCGAUAAAUUCCCCCUAGUAACACAGGUGAUUGUGGGUAAGCACAAAUACAACCGUCUUUUUGUCCUUGGCUAGCAGUACACAUGUCUCAAUCUAGCUUUUGCUAAGACUUUUUCCUAUUUUCAAGUGUUUUUAAUUUGUACACAUUUUCUAUUAUGGGUUGUUACUUAGUACUCCCUCCGUAAACUAAUAUAAGAGCGUUUAGAUCACUAUUUUCUAAAACACUCUUAUAUUAGCGUUUAGAUCACAAAGGGAAUAUUUAAUCUAAAUGAGUCCCAUUAGCCCAUUACUUGGGGGAAUGUCUAUGGCCUAUGGGGAUUUAUAUGCAAGCUAUUUUUUUAGAAAAGAAGGUUGAAACCUCUGGCCUCUGCAUCAUUACGAUACACGACCAUCUUGAUUUAUGUGGAGUGUUAGAUUGGAGUAUGAGCCCUAAAGGUGGAUGGGGAAACAAACUCUGUGAUUUCAAAGCCUCUUUGAUUCACAUGAUUAUGAAAACUUGAGAAGGGGAAAAUGUAUGAUUAUAGGCAUGUUCAUUUGAAUCCUACAUGAUUUUGGUUUAUUAAUCUAUCACAGAAAGUACAAAGGGAUUCUUCCAAGAUAAUUGAGUGGAUGAUUUUUUUUCCUGUGAAUGUAGUAUAAACCAAUCCUUUGUAAACCUUCCUAUAUGAUUCAAUCAUACAACACAGAUGACCAACAUAGGAAAAAUUCCUAAGGAUGCAUAUGCUCCAUAAUUCCUAUAAAAAUCCUUUGAGUUGAAGAGGCCCUUACAAGGAAUCCUCGGAUGUUCUGGGUGAAUUUCUUUGGCUUCUACUCAGCUAUCAACAUAUUAAAGGUGGUUCUUCACACCAAACCGUCUAAUAUAGUCUCCUAUUAUUACCCACCCAUAAAGUAUGAUGGUUUACAUCGUCCUUGAUAACAUUUGUGAGUUAUUUGCUGUAGUUUUUUCCAUAGUGGUGACAAAUUCAAAGUGUAUUAUUAAAAUAAUUGUUUACUUUUUAUAUUCUCCUAUGCAGAUUAAGUUAUUCAAAGUUUUAGUGAUGUGAAAUCAUUUUGUUUUGUGUCCAUGUAGGUGGAAUAGGUGGUAUUUUUAUCAUUGCGGCUAUAUCAUUCCUUAUUCUUCUUCGCAAAGAGAAACAAAAGACAAGAGAGUUUUAUCAAAAGAACGGCGGGCCUACGUUAGAGAAGGCAAAGUUCAUAAAACUUUUCAAAAAGGAGGAGCUCAAGCCAAUUUUGAACAGUAGCAAUUUCAUUGGAAAAGGUGGCUUUGGAUAAG